GCUGCCGUGGCCUUGGCCGUGCCGCUGUCGGUGUCCGGGCGGCGGGAGGGGCCCGGGCAGCGCCGCCCGCCCCCCCGGCCGCUGUGGGUGGGGGAGCGGGAGCGGGCGCCCCGGGGGCUGGUGCGGCGGCUGGUGCUGGUGCUGCGGCUGGGGCUGCGGGCCUGCGGGCUGCUGCUACGCUUCGGGCCGCUGCUGCUGCUGUACCCGCUGAGCCGCCUGCGGCCCGGCCUGGGCGCCGUGUGGCUGCGGCUGCUGCGGAGGGCGGCCGAGGCCGCCGGCCCGACGUGCGUCAAGCUGGGCCAGUGGGCCAGCACCCGCAGGGACCUCUUCUCCGAGGCCUUCUGCGACGAGUUCUCCAAGCUGCACGUCGAGGUGAGCCCGCACCCCUGGGGCCACACCGACGAGCUGCUGAGGAGGGCCUUCGGCGAGGACUGGAGCCGCGUCCUCAAGUUCCAGAGCCAGGAGCCGGUGGGCUCGGGCUGCGUGGCGCAGGUGUAUAAAGCCUACGCCGACCUCGCGGCUAUCGCUGGCGCCCAGGCCAAGGAGCUGGGGCAGAGCUCGGAGUUACGGUCUGCUUCUGAAGCGUGGGAGGUGUCAGGCUUCAGAGGCCUCCUCAGGUGGCUGAGGAAUAGGAAGAGUGAGGGGAGGUGGGAAGAGAGGAGCAAGGAGGAGCUGAGCACGGUAGGCUGCUCCCCUGAAAGCCCCCUGAGCAGAGCACGGCGUGUGGAGCAGAUGGCCAAACCACCCCUGAGUGCAAACCCUUCAUCAGCCAGACAUCUCACGCCUGUAGCCAUUAAAGUCCUGCAUCCUGGGCUAGCCCACCAGGUCCAGAUGGAUCUGUUUAUCAUGAAGAUGGGUAGCCACAUCCUUGGACUUCUCCCUGGAUUCAAGUGGCUCAGUUUGACAGAGAUUGUGGAGGAAUUUGAGAAGCUUAUGAUGCAGCAGAUUGACUUACGCUACGAGGCCAGAAAUCUGGAGCGCUUCCGGCAAAAUUUCCUAGAUGUUGAUUUUGUGAAGUUCCCAACUCCCGUUCGGCCAUUGGUAACAACCGAUGUUCUAGUGGAAACAUUUGAGGAGAGUGAGCCCAUUUCGCGCUACCUGCAUGCAGAGGUUGCCACAGAACUGAGGCAGAGACUCGCAAAGAUGGGCAUGGACAUGCUGCUAAAGAUGGUCUUUGUUGACAACUUUGUCCAUGCUGACCUGCACCCCGGGAACAUCCUGGUGCAAGGCACGGCCCAGGCCAGCUCCGGCUGCAGGGAGCAGACAGCCAUCGUGGACCUGUGUGACACGCUCGUGGUGGAGGUGCAGCCGCCCCUCAGGCAGCUCUGCCUGGUGCUGCUGGACGCGGGGAUCGUGGCGGAGCUGCAGAGCGCGGACAUGCAGAACUUCCGCGCGGUUUUCACGGCUGUGGUCCAGGGCCAGGGGGAGAGAGUGGCAGAACUGAUCCUUCAUCAUGCCCGUGCUAACCAGUGCCAGGAUAUUGAGCGAUUCAAGGCCGAAAUGGCAGAACUAGUGACCAAAGUCCGGGGGAACACCAUUGCCCUGGGAAAGCUUCAGGUGGCAAAUCUCCUCUCGAAUGUCUUUAAAUUAUUGAUGACCCAUAAGGUGAAGCUCGAGAGCAAUUUUGCUUCCAUCAUCUUUGCCAUUAUGGUUCUGGAAGGUCUUGGUCGUUCACUGGACCCUGAACUGGACAUCCUAGAGGCAGCUAAACCACUGCUUAUCAAAACUGCAGCUUCUGUCCUUGAAUAGACUCCAGCAGCUGCUGCCCUCUCACCGUGCAGGGUUACUUGUGGUACCUGCGAGCUGACAGAAAGAAGCUGAAGGUGAGGACACUCACGUCUCAGGGAAAUGCCAUGUGGUGGUUACUCUCCAUUAAUGUUGCCUCCAGUCACGUCAGCCAAGCACCAGGCAUGGGAUGGUUUUAAGGCCUUCAUUUGCCAGGAAGAUUUUUCACAGAGGGAGAGUUCUGACUCUUAAUGAUUACCUGGUUUUAUGAGCCAGCAUGCUCUGGUAGUUUUUAACUGACAUAUCAUGUCGUUCAGGUGUACAAAGCCACUGCAGCCUGACGAGGAAAGCAGUUUUACUGGUCUAAAAGUCUUUAAAAAGAUGUUCAGUGAUCAAGCUUGUUUUGAAAUAAAUCAGGUUAAGAAUUUUAAGUUAAUUUACUGACUCAUCUGUCACUGUGGUAUGAGAACUGAUGUUCUGACACCUAAGCAAGCAAUUCGGGAUGAAAAAAGCCAGCAAGUCUCUUUGUCUUUUGUACUUUAACUUCUGCUUUUAUUGUAGAAGUGUUCUGAGAUCCUGCAUGGAGUGGUCUGUUCUUGGUCAUUCUGGAUGAUAAAAACAGACCAGUCGAUAAUUUUUUCAAACUCCCAUACUCCAGCACAAUGCUAUAGGAGUCUGGAUUAUGAACAGCAAAAGAAAAUAUUUGACUUAACAGAAAAACUAAUUCCAUAAUAAAAAUAUUUUUUUUGA